AUGGCCAGCCAAAGUUUUCCCACCAACCUGCAGCAGGAAGUGACCUGCAAUAUCUGCCUGGAGAUUCUACAAGACCCUGUCACCAUCUACUGUGGGCACAGCUUCUGCCACAGUUGCAUCACUCAGCUAAAGCUAGCUUCCAAGGAUUUCUUCAAAUGUCCCCUCUGCAAAAUGUGCAUGGAUAAAGACACAUUCCCAACCAACUGGCUACUGUGGAAUCUGGUGGAAAAAAUUCAGGCUAUGUAUCCCUCUGAGAGGCGGCUCGAAAAAGAAAAACUGAGAUGUUCAAAGCAUGGAGAGAAGCAGAACUACUACUGUAAGUCAGAUGGGGAACUUCUCUGUGUGAUAUGUGAGGACUCCAAGGAGCACAGAUUCCAUAACACCAGCCUGAUAGAAAAAGCUGUCAAGCAUUAUCAGGAGCAGAUCCAAAGGCAUGUUGGAGUCUUGGAGCAAAAGGAGCAGGUACUGGUACAUGUGAAAGCUCAAGGUGAAGAGAAGAUCAGCAACUUAAUGGGUGCUGAACUCUCUGCCAUUGUCCAUGCCUACAACGACAGAGUCAUGAUUGUUCAUGAAGAACUGCACUAUUUUAAUACUAUAGGGGAAAUCAGUGUAUGUGAGGAGCGGCUUGUGGAGGGAGCACAGGUGGAGUUUGAGAAACAACGGAUCCAGACAGAAUUCGAGCACCUGCAACAGGUACUAGAGGAGGAGAAGAACAGUAUCUUGUCCAAUAUCAAAGAGCUGGCUAAUAAUGGAGCCAAGGAGAGUGAACGCUACAGUGCUGCCACCAAGGUACAGCUCAGCUCUCUCAAGGAUUUCAAGGAUUCGUUAAAAGACAAGCAGAGGAUGCCACCCAUAGAGCUACUAGAGGACAUCAAAGGCACCUUACACAGGAGUGAAGGGUUUCAGUCUCAGUUUCACAUAGUAUCCUCAAUUCCUAUGGACUUGGAGAGAAAAAUCAGCAAAGCAAAGUCCAGACAUGACUCCAUCAUCAAGAGCCUGAGGAAAUUUGGAGAGAAGCUCCAAGCUGAGAAGAAGAAACACCGAAGCAAAAUCCUGUCAGAAAUGAGUGUAUCCUUGUGGCAAAACACCCCUGUGACCUUGGAUGUGGCCUCAGCCCACCCAGGCCUGAACAUUUCACAGGAUCUGAAAAUGGUUACUGCAGACGUGAUUGCUCAGAACUCCUCAGAGGAUGAAGUGAAGCGUCAGCACUUCUAG